GGCCUAAGAAUCGUUUAGUCAGUGUUUAAUUUUUCCCCUGAAAAGAAGUUCGGAAAGGAUCUACUAUGCAAAAAGGUUACCUGAUUUUCGCGGGUCUUUUGGUUCUGGCCUACGCCGCCAUGACAAUAGCUGAUGAUGAAUCGCUUACCUCCGUCUGUCAGUCGGAGGACGAGCUGUGGGGCGGCCCGGACAUUCGUAAAUAUUACUUCUGCCUUAAUGGAGCAGUGAUUUCCAAUGACUGCGACCCCGGCACCUACUUUGUGAACAAUGCGACUGUUUCCGGCUGCCUGGCCGGGAACUUGAUUAAUUCUUCCUGCGUGAACUCAGACGUCUCUGAACCCGACUGCACCGGAAGCAACGCGUAUUAUCCACAGCCCUGUGAAGAUCCCUCCCAGUACUAUCUGUGCACCGACGACGGUCCCAAGCAGCUGACUUGCUGGAACAGCGGUGCGUUUGUUAACCACGAGGGAUACCUUGGCUGCACCACCUGGAGCGAGUGGCGAAAAAUCAGCAACUGCACCCUCGAUUCCUGAACUCGUAUGGCGAGCAGAGCAUUUUAAUUAAAGUUCUUCCAGCGCCGACUUAUCGCGAUUGAAAGCGGCGGAAUUGAAAUGUUAUUAACUUAAAAAUGAUUGGAAAUUAAUUGAUAUAUGAGCGGCGGUCAAGUAUGCUGAUAUGAUAAGGCUUGACAUAUAUUAAAAGCAAACUACCUUUCAUA